AUGCCAGAUUACGCAGAAGACCACUUUGUCAGGACAUCUUCCGAGGCAACACCACCGGAACCCAAGACGAGAGAUCCUCGGAGAAAUUCACGAGACUCACUAUCGGACGAUGAGCCGUCCUUUCUAGUCAACGAGCCAUUCUAUCUGGGAUCAAGCUCCGGCGCAACCAUUGCGCGCAUGAUCCAGUCUUCCAUCUUCCACAGUUCAGGCGGUAAAGCUGCGUUCGAUGCUAAUACAACUUCUCAAGCUAUCUCAUCGACUUCGAUGCAAUCGCAACGCAAAGUAUCAGUGCCCUCUAGCCCGGAGGAAUCGCAGUCGGAGUUUCCGUGCCCUGAGCAAGCGGAGGUGCUGUUUGACGUUUUCUUUGAUCGGCUUCAUACGCGAUGGCCUUUUCUAGAUCGCAAACUGUACACUAAGCUAUUCAAGCAGCAAUACGACCAUGGAGCCCUCUCUAUUCAGCACCAAAGCAUUAUGCACCUGAUAUACGCUAUAUCCGCAAGGUUUCUACAGUUGAUGAAGAAGCCAUGUGAAGUAGAUCCCCAGAAACACCUCGCGGCGGCUAUUGAGCCGAUGGACUACAUCCUGGAAGAGCACAAUCUAGCCACUGUACAAGUUCUCCUCUUACUCGCCGUGCAUGGGACUAGAAGCCCCUACGGUGCCGGAGCGUGGUCCCAGGUACGAUACGCUGUCACGCUCUGCAUAGAGCUAGGCCUCCAUCGAAAGCAGUCUAACACCUCGACUCACAAUUCACGCGAUCUCGAAAUUAGAAGGCGCGUCUUCUGGUCAUGUUACUGUUUGGACCGUAUGACAAGUGUGGUGCUUGGACGUACAUUCGCCAUCGCCGACAGAGACAUCAACAACGAGCUUCCAAGUGACAGCUUGGAGUUUUGGGAUUUGACAGCACUGAAGAAUCCGUCAAGUACAUCGGAACUACCCUGGUCAAACACGAAGCCUUUCAUCCACAUAAUCAAGCUCCGAAGAAUACAAUCCAAGAUCCACCAUCGAGUGUACCGUGUCGACAAAGACGUUUUUUCGGGUUCCUUGGACGACCGAGCGAGACUCGACAGCAAAAUAGGAGAAAUCAGAGCAGAGCUCGAUGAGUGGGUGAGGACAGUCCCUCUUCCGCCAAAAAACACCGGCACAAUAAGUUGGAUGUACGAUCCAGAAAGCGCUUAUCAUGACUCGAGAGAUUUCUUCAGCCUUCAGUAUCACAAGUCAGUCCUGUCGCUCUACACCGUUCUCCUUCCAGCGCUCAGUACUUCAGACUCGAGGUUUCUCACCACCGCUCGAUCCGCCGCCUGCGUUUGCACAGCAUACAAGCGGCUUAACCAGCAGAAGACGCUAAGCUACACCAUGACGGCUUUACACUCAUGUUUCAUUGCUGGCUUGACGCUCGUAUACUGCAUAUGGCGGGACCAUGCUCUCUUCUCGUAUGAUACGCUUGAAGCCACGAGGGCAUGUUCUCAAUCCCUGACCAUUUUUGGUGAGAAGUUCAACGGCGCGGUGAAGUACCGCGACAUCUUCGAUGCCCUCUCAGGGAGUCUGUUCAAGACAGUUGUUAGCCCGCCAGCAAGCCCAGCCGAGGGAUCACAGCCUCUCGAUGUGAAUCUGAGAGCGAACUUAGGAGGUCAGUCAACGAUGUCGCCCUCGGCAACUCUCGAAGAAGUACACGUAGCUAUUGGAAAGGGUAGUGAGACUGGAGAUAAUUCAUCGGUAGCCCAUGCGAUCUCCGAUGCUGUAAAAGAGGCAUUCAUGGAGGUAGACGAAGAAGCGCCAGGCGGUUGGCAGGGUUGGAGAAUGUUCAACGAGAUGGUGCAACCUGACCUCAACUAUGCCGAUAACCCGAAGAAAAGUGAUGACAGAGACAGAAUGUACGACAAAAGGAGUGGUUUUGUGCUUGAGCCUAGAUUCACGGAAGAGCUCGAGCAAGGGGUACUGUCAGGCGUCAUGGAAUCUGACUUGGACUUUGCCAAAUCAGGAAUUGUUAGCUGA